UUCUCUAUUACUAUUUCAUGUGAUUCGUAAUUAAAACUGUAACAUUGAUACUAUUUAAAAUUUCCUCCUGCUGCUUACCCGUUCCAAUGGAUAUCCGUUUGGGAACCAGACAGGAUCAAUGCCAUUCUCUCGAUGGGUCAUGAGCCAGGACGUUCAGAAGGGUGACCCACUGCAGUUCAAGUUCCGUGCCAAAUUCUACCCGGAGGAUGUCGCCGAAGAGCUGAUUCAGGACAUCACCCUGCGAUUGUUCUAUCUGCAGGUCAAGAAUGCGAUCCUCUCGGAUGAGAUCUACUGUCCGCCGGAGACGUCGGUGCUGCUUGCCUCUUAUGCCGUCCAGGCCCGUCACGGUGACUACAUUAAGACGACACAUACGCCCGGUUUUCUGAUCAACGACCGAUUGCUGCCGCAGCGUGUCAUCGACCAGCAUAAGAUGUCCAAGGACGAGUGGGAAAACUCGAUCACCACAUGGUGGCAGGAGCAUCACGGAAUGCUCCGUGAGGAUGCCAUGAUGGAGUACCUCAAGAUAGCCCAGGAUCUGGAAAUGUACGGUGUCAACUAUUUCGAGAUUCGCAAUAAGAAGGGCACGGAAUUGUGGCUCGGCGUCGACGCUCUCGGACUCAACAUCUACGAGAAAGAUGACAGACUUACGCCGAAGAUCGGCUUCCCAUGGUCGGAGAUACGAAACAUUUCGUUCAACGAUCGAAAGUUUAUCAUUAAGCCAAUCGACAAGAAGGCACCGGACUUUGUCUUCUUCGCUCCUCGCGUCCGCAUCAACAAACGAAUCCUGGCCCUGUGCAUGGGUAACCACGAGCUGUACAUGCGUCGCCGCAAGCCAGAUACGAUCGACGUACAGCAGAUGAAAGCCCAGGCUCGAGAGGAGAAGAACGCCAAGCAGCAGGAGCGCGAGAAACUACAGCUAGCAUUGGCUGCCCGCGAACGUGCCGAAAAGAAACAGCAGGAGUACGAGGACCGAAUGCGAAUCAUGCAGGAAGAUAUGGAACGUUCGCAGGCCAAUCUAAUGGAAGCGCAGGAUAUGAUCCGUCGUCUGGAGGAGCAGCUCAAACAGUUGCAGGCCGCCAAGGACGAACUGGAAGCACGUCAGAACGAACUGCAGGUCAUGAUCCGGCGUCUGGAGGAAACGAAGAACAUGGAAGCGGCCGAGCGAGCCAAGCUCGAGGAGGAAAUCCGCUUCAAGCAGGAGGAGGUGCAAAAGAUCCAAGACGAGGUCUCGCUCAAGGAUUCCGAAACCAAGCGCCUGCAGGAGGAGGUUGAGGAGGCCAGACGGAAACAGGUAAAGCGUAAAACCGAAGCGGCCGACGCCUUACUGGCAGCUACCACAACACCCAAGCACCACCACGUGGAAGAGGAAGAGGACAACGAGGAGGAACUGACGAAUGGCGAGAAUGGCAACCAGGACUUCUCGAAGGACUUUGACACCGAUGAGCACAUAAAGGAUCCGGUCGAGGAAAGACGCACGCUAGCGGAACGUAACGAACGUUUGCACGAUCAGCUUAAGGCCCUCAAGCAAGACCUCGCCCUGUCCCGGGAUGACACGAUGGAGACGGCGAACGACAAGAUCCACCGCGAGAACGUGCGCCAGGGUCGCGACAAGUACAAGACGCUGCGCGAGAUCCGCAAAGGCAACACCAAGCGCCGCGUGGACCAGUUCGAGAAUAUGUAAUAAGGGGGGCGAGUUCUGUUGUUGCUGUUUUUUUCUUCUUCUUCUUGGGAAUGGGAAAAGGACGAUGCGUGGCGGAGGGCAUCUCGCUAUCGCUGCCACCGUGAGCUCGUGUGUGGUGGUCACGAGGAUUGACACUUGUAGGUUCUGAUGGUGGGUGAAGGUGGUGAUGAUGAAGAUGAUAAGAAAAAAAAAAGGAUGAUAAUUGUUAGCAGCGCAGCGCAGUAGUAGCAACGGUAAUUUCUAAUUAUAGUAAUAGCGUAGUAGAAGUUUAGUAGUACUAGGCAGUAACAGUAAAUCGUGGUGGUGCGUGUGUGUGUGGUGGAAAUCUAGAAUGAAGAUAGUCGAGAAUGAUAAUCACACACAAAAGCUUAAUCGCUCGGUCCUCGGUGUCCCGAGAUGGUAGUUAAAGUCCAACAACCACAUUCUUAAUUAGGUAAACACACACACGUACACACCCGAGCGAAUUCAUUUGAUUUGCCAAGAAGAGAAAAAUUUGCCGAAGGCAAAUAGUAUUGACUAUUUUGGUCGGUUGUGGAUUUUUACACCAAGAAAAGGCCAAUUGUUCCCGCAUUGAACUAUGAGACAGCUACAUAUACACACACAGAGAGAGUUAGAUUUGUAGGAUAAAAAAGUGGUGGUUUGUUGUCUCCCGUUUACUUACAUUCAUUCGAUAGCAUGUCUAUUUUAUCUGGUUGGAAACAAAUUUCCGUUCGCAGAAGUAUUCAAGCAGCAUUUUGCUUUAGUUUUUUUUGUUCUAAACCAAACUUUCUUCCAUUCCCUCCUGUAUUUUUAAUAAUAUAGAAUUUAUGAAAUGAAAAUGAAGAAUAUACACUAAAAGCUGAGAAAAAACUAAAAGUUGAACACUGUUAUUGCGAGUCGCGUAUUUUUUUGCCGCCCCUACCAUUGUUGUUUUCACUCAAACACACAUUUAACACCUGGCAGCAUCGGCUGUUUAGCUGAGCGAAUAAAAGAAAAACAAACCUUUCAGUCCGACUUUCGACGACGAGAAGCGGAUUUGAGUGUUUGCUCCUUGGUUAGCCGUGCUUAUUAGCUACUAUUAGUUUCGCGUAUUCAUUGAUUAUGUACUAAUUGAUAAAAUAAAUGAAGGAAAACAGAAUAAGGGGAUCAAACGUUAAUUUAAUAUAAUCAUCAUGAAAUAAAAGUAGCAAUCGCCGAAUGGAAGGGAACUAAUUGUUAUUAAGUUUAAUCGAGUAAUCGUAGGAAUUGAUACUAAGUUAAAAAAAAAACAAAAAAAAGCAUAUAUAAAAGAAUUAGCGGGGGAGCAGCAAAGUAAGCAGAAAAACAUAUGUUGAUAAUUUUAGCGUUUAGGGAAUUCAACCUACACUAAACUAUUAUUAUUAUUAUUAUUCUACUUUUGAUGAUCAUGUGAAGAAAAAGAGAAAGAAGCGUUGUUGCGAGAGGAUAAAAAAAACUUUGUUCAACAUAAAUAUCAGAACAUUAUUCGUUGGUCUUCCAGUUCGGAAAGAAGGUUGCACUUCUACGGAUACAAUCAAAUUCAACCAGGGUGGAAGAUUUUUGAAAUGAUGGUAACAACAACCAGAAAGCGCCACCAAGACCACGAAAAAGAAUAUAUUUUCUAUCUGCCAUUUUUUUAUGUUUUAUUAUUUUUUGUUUAAAUUAUUUUUAAUUAAUUUGUUUAAUUGAAAAAGAAUACACACAGACACAUGUGCAAGGAUACAAAUGUACACUGACACUUACACCGAGACACAUACACAAAUACACACGCAUGUUACGAGUACGGUCCAACAACAAGAGGAGGUGUAAUUGGAAAUUAUGAAGUACAUAUACAAUUAUAAAGGAUAAUAAAAAGAAGAGGGAAGGUCUGGGCUGAAUUUUCGUCCAAAGAUUUUCGACCCUUUUUACGUGCGUGUUCUUAUCGGAUUUGUUCUCUCCUAGUGCCAGUAGUUUAUUAUCCACAUAUUCAUCCGUAUUUUACUGAUUUUCCUCGGUUCUAUCUGGUUAUACCUCAUGUAUCAGUUUGUACCUCCUUUAUGUAGUAAAAUCUUUGAUGAAAAUUCAGGCCAUCCAUCUAAUGUAAUUAAAACAA